AUGCUCGGAGGAUUUAGCUCUUCCCACCACAAGAAAAAUGCCCCCGAUGGGACCAGCGACGUAUCCGAAUUCCUGUGCCCCGUGUGUCUGGAGAUAUUUGACAGCCCCAGCAGCAAGGCCGAACUCAAGGUGCUGCUCCUGGAUGGUUUGGUGGAGAGGGGCUUGCGUUUGAUCCCAGAGGCUGAGAGGUCUGAUGAGAGCAUCGUGCAUGCGACUACCCCGAGACGUACGGAGACGCCUGCGGAUGGCCCUCCCGGAGCGGAGCGUGAGUUUGUAGAGGGCGAUGCGCGGCCUGAACCACCGCGCACUCCUCCUCGCUACGGGCCGCCCUCCCCAGCUCCUUCCUCUCCCGGCUCAGUUGGUGGUGCUCGGCGCGCUUUGCGGCUGGCACGCAUCAAGAUGGAGGCCGAGCAGAAGGAUCGGGACCGCAGUGCCGAGCUCGAACUGCAUAUACGGAGGCUUGAGAUCGAGGCUGACAAAGCUGUGCGCCUCAGACGCCUUGAGCUGGAGGCCGAAGGCCGCCUCCCCAGUCCUACUCAACGCCCGGGCGUCGCUGCACCUGCCACAGCCCUCUCCCCAGCUGUUCAUGACUCUCUUGACCCUGAUCGUCCACGCUCUCCUGGAACCUCCACAAGGGACAGAGUCUGCUUCUACUGCCGCGAGCCCGGACACGUAAUCGCAGACUGCCCUACUCUCAGACAAAAGGAAGAGUGUUCAGCUCCAAACGUUCAGAGCAUUGGGUUAAUUCAAUCUGGCCUAGUAUCACUGAAUGGCGAAGCACCAGAUCAACGCCCCAUCCGUAUCCUACGAGACACUGGCGGUUCCCAGAGCUUGAUUUUGGCCAGUGCUCUCCCGUUUUCAUACCGCUCUUACUGUGGUUACAGGAGUGUGUUACGGGGAGUUGAGAUGGGCUACCGCCCGCGGCCCGUUCACUCUGUUCAUGUCCAGUCAAACCUCGUUACAGGAAAGUUUCCGUUAGCUGUUGUCCCUGCGCUACCCAUUGAAAAUGUAGACAUGAUUUUAUGUAAUGAUUUGGCAGGGGGCAUGGUGUUUCCUCCCCUGUUGGAGGCGGUUCUGUCCCCGCUUGUGUGUGCCUCUGAUCGUCAGAUGCCCACGGGUUGUGCUGUGGCGCACACCCGUCCUCCAGAACAGUGCGGUUGUAGUCUGCCCGCCAGUCCAGUGAAACCACGAGUACCGCCGCACUUUACUCCACCCGCCACUUCUGCUCAGUUCUUUUUGGGCAGCCUGAAGAGCUCGUUGGCGCUUCCAGCUGUGGCCAAACGCAGCGACGAUCUUUUUGCCUACUCCAACUGCUCGUUCUGCCAGAGCUGUCUGCAGGAGUGUCUGCGCCCUCAGAAGCCCGUGUGUGCCGUGUGCAGAGCGGCGGUGGGUCACUGCACUAAAGCGGUGGAGAUCGAGGCUCAGAUCCAGUCGUCUGCUGCCGCCUGCAAGGGCUGUGGAACACGGGUCGGUCUGUCCCAGAUGAGGGCCCAUACAGCUACUUGUUCUAAAUUUCAGGAGUACAUUGAGGAAGGGGUGAGGACCACUGCCAAGACCCAGCCUGCCAUAAUCAGUCCUGUACCAAACCGCUUCACCUUCACCUGCCCUUACUGCAACUGCCCAAACCUGGACCAGGACGGCCUGGUUGAGCACUGCACGUCCCAGCAUUCCCGGGACACUCGCCAAGUGGUGUGCCCCAUCUGCGCCUCCAUGCCGUGGGGAGACCCCAACUAUAGAAGCGCAGACUUCCUGCAGCACCUGAAGAUCCGACACACCUUCUCUUAUGACACCUUUGUCGAUUACGCCACAGACGAGCACACAAUGAUUCAGGAGGCGUUACAGCGCUCUCUGCUGGACCACUGA